ACAGAUUCGUUAACCCUGUGAAAUAUGGUAUUUUUAGACAAUACGUACCUAUUAUGGUGAAUACAGUCGCGCCCUCUCCCAUACAAAUAGGAAAACCUGGCAGCGGAAGGUUUUUCUCUUCAAUAUAUUUUGAGAAUUUCUACGUUUUAAAACUAAAAUUAAUUGUGUUAUUAAUCAACCGAAUACCGUUGGAACAGUGUGUGUUCAUAUCAAUAUUAAUCGUGUUUGUAUAAACAUUUUUACUAAAAAUAGACAGUUCCUCGAUAUAAUAUACUUGUAGGGAAAUCUAGCAACCGCUUUCCAUUCAUAAAACACAUUCAUUUCGUGUUGAGCUGUGAAGGAAUCCAGAUCGAGCAAAAUAUAAUUAAUAGUGUAAUCAUUUCGGAUUUUGAAUUUGUGAGCGACCAAUCGAUAAGCGGAUCGCCUGCUUCGGUUUCUUUUGUGGCGUGAAGCAGGACAUCAAAAAUGGCGACGGAGGGCGGACUGGCGCCGGCCGGCGACGGCGACCUGCCCGUGGGCGGGCCCAAGACGCCCCAGCAGAUCGCUGCCCAGCGUCGCCUCCAACAGACGCAGGCACAAGUUGACGAGGUGGUGGACAUCAUGAAAACAAAUGUUGAAAAAGUAUUGGAACGAGAUCAGAAACUCUCAGAAUUAGAUGACAGAGCAGAUGCGCUGCAACAGGGCGCUUCACAGUUCGAACAGCAGGCUGGGAAACUGAAAAGCAAAUUUUGGUUGCAAAAUUUAAAGAUGAUGAUCAUUGCGGCCGUAAUUGGAAUCAUCAUUUUGGCUCUAAUCAUUGCCAACUUUGUGUGAACAAGUUUUCGGUAACCGAAGUUUAAUUUAGAAGUUAAUUGUUAUAAUGUUAAUAAAUAGUAAUAUAACGUACGUUGUUACUCUCUUAUUACAUUAUUGGUACUAAGCCUGUGUUGGUCUGUAAACUUAUAUUUGGAGUGACAUGCCGAGGUAUGGACAUAUCUACAAGGUUUCAUAAUUUGGAAAGAAUGCCUACUACGUAAAAAGAAAAACAGCCCGUUAUAAUGAACUCUAUAUCAACUAUCAGUAGUCAUUAGUGUUGUUAAAAUAUCCUCAGAAAAAUAUCAAAUAAAUAAAUUACCGUAUUUUAUGUCAGGUGUCUGAAACUCACUGCGUAUCCAAUCUUGUGUACAACACAUUUUUUUUAUAGAAACUAUGAUGAAAAUAUAUUGUAUUUUUAGAUAAUACAUCUUUGUUAAUUACUGAAAGUCGUCACUGUUUGCUACCAACCAAUUUAGGUAGGCUUAUGUAAAAACUUUGUGGAAAAACUUUCAUUCACAACUAAUAAAGACUAGUUGCGUUCGUACAAUAAGAUCAUUUUGUUCGAUUUGGACCAAGUUUCUUAAAUUUAUUGUUACUAGACGCAUUUAUUUUUAUAUCUACUUCAUACAGUUUUAAUUCUGAUCCCUGUAUUUGUUGAUAUUUGAUAACGAACUAUACGCAUGUGUUUAUGUAAUCUACGCUUGUAAAAUCACUUUAAUAGAUGUUGAGUAUGAAUAAGAAUAUAUAUAUAGUUAUUUAGAAAUAAUACUACUUAUAUAAUAAUAAUAAUAAACGAUCCAUUGAGUAUCGUGCCUAAAGUAAAUUGAUGGAUGCAGGUUCAUUUUUUUUUUUUUUGUAAAAGCAAGGUUUAGUCGUGGGUAUUUAUCUAAGAUUGUUGUAUAAUAACAGCAGUAGGAAUAAAUGUAGACUAAUUCCUAAUUUAAAAUAUUUACUUGAAAGCUGAAAAAGUGCUUCACAAUGCUUAAAUCAAUUUUUAAUCUUGUGUGUAAAAUAAUAUCGUUACUUUUACUAAUUACAAUGUGUAUGUAUAAAAAACUAUUUUGGACUUAGAUAAUCUGUAACUCGAAUAGAUAUAUACUUAGUUUGAAAACAAAAUCACUGUCGUUCUAUUAAUUCAAAAGAUUAUUCUAACCGUGAAACUAAACAUUGUCAUAAAAAACGACAAAAAAUCCUAUACGAACUUAAUAACUGGACGUUGCGUGUUCGUAUAGUUUCAAAAUUUUUUGUCGUUUUUCGACUCAAGUUUUUUUAGAAAUAUUAUUUAGUUCCCUUAAUAGACUAUUACUUUAAAAUGUUGCUAAUAAUUCCGAUUACAGCCUAUUGUAUUGUCUAUAUGAGAAACUAAUUUUUCUUUUAGUUAUUAUAGUUUUAGUUAGUCCAUAAUAAAUAAUAACUUAUUAUUUCUUAUAUUAUAAUAACGAGUAUAAUGCGGUUUUAGUUUUUCAAACUAUUUUCCUAACACCCUGCUAAAGCACCUACAACCUACACCUAAUGUUUGUCUACUAACACAUUUAACCUAGGUACUUUUAACUGUAAAACCUAUGUUCUUUUUGCUAACUGCAGUCCAUUAAAUUAAAUAUAAAUUAAUUAGGUAAAUUAAAACUAAGCAUUUUUGUUGCAAUGUUGGGUUUGUCGACUAAAUCAAAACUUUUCGUAAUAUAACAAGAUUUAUUGUAUGUUUAUAAUAAUUUUGUUUGUAAACCUAUCUUGUAAGUAGUUAUUAAUCAAUUUACCUAUUUAAAAUAUGUGUGACCUCUAUUUGAAACGAAAAUGUGUAUUAAAGUUGUUCAUUAUUAAAUAAAUAAUGCAUAUUUCGUGUCUAUCUAUAAUGAUUAGAAAAUAUUCAAUAUUAAUUUUUUAGAGCAGCAUAACUAACAGCAAGAGCAUAACUAACGCAGUAAAAAAUAUAAUAGUACUGUUUGUGUAGAAUUAGACUAUGAUUCAAUAUUGCAAAGAAUUAUAUAACGCUGUUUAAAUAAAGUACCCACAAACCAUAUUGGACAAAUAUAUUUCACUAAAACAACCAUAUUUAAAAAUCCUCAAGGAAUAUUAACCUAUUCAAACUUCAAAAUAACUUAUUUCACGUAUUAAGCUUUCUACUUGGCACUUGUUUUAUACAUUAACGUUCUCAUCCCUUUCUAUUUAUAAUAUAUAAAAAUAUAUAUAAAAAGCAGCAGGUGAUAAGAAGUGUUAACACAAAAAAGCUGUGAAGUUGUAAUUUUUGUUAGCUAUAUUCUUUUUAAACUUCAUAAUUGUAUUGAAUUUGAAACCUAUACCUACAUUGUGGCUGCUCGUACAACAAUGGUAUAAUUUUGAUUUGGUUGGAUAUCUCCUUUCUACUGAAUAAUGCAAAUAUACCAUACGGUAAUGUCUAUGUUAAAAUUAAAUGUAAUUUGUUAAUUAAAAAUAAUCAAAAUUGGGCAUCCUUGGCCAGUAUGUUUAUCUAUGGAUAAAGCAAAGCAUCGAUUAUCUGCUAGAUUUAAAAAAUAUUUACAUAGUCAGGUCUUUUAAACAAGUGAGGAAAAAAUCAAUGGAUUGUACCAAUUUUACUUCUCUCUUGCGAUAAUAAAAACAUGUCUACUAAUACAUUCGAUCUCAACACAUCUAAAGGAUUCUAUUCUCACAGAUAACUAUAUUCUAUUAUAACCUUGGACCAGGAAUAUUUAGAUAUAUAAUCAAAAAAAUAUUUCUGUCGUACUGAUGAUCUGGGGUAUAACUAAAACACUUGAAAACAGUAAAAAUCAUUUCAUAUCUGCAGAGAGUUGCACUUAAUCUAUAAAUAUAAAUAAAUGAAAUAAAAUCUUAUUGGCAAAGGUAAACAAUAAUAUUACAAAAAGUCAUCAGUUAUCAUUAAAUCAUUACAUUAUCAGGAUUUAUUUGUUUUCUAUUUCUAGUUUUAAUAUUUACCUCACUUUUUGAAACACAGCUGUAAAGUAGAAAUAUCUAUUUUAUGUACUUAACACGAAUACAUAAGAAAUAAGUAAAUAAUAGUCUUGGAUAAGAGCAUUUUCGAAAACAUAUAUAACCAUAAUUUCUUACGAUAUAAAGACUAUUUAAUUAAAAUUUAUAAAAUGACUAUUAUUAAAUUUUAUUGAACCUAAAUACGCAUCGUGAUACUGAAAAUCGUGUUUCAAAAACUGAGGUUACAUUAACAUUCACUGUAAGGUAAAUAAAAACACACCAGAAAAGUAUGUUAUUUAAUUAAUUAGGUAUAGUCUAUAAUAAUGCAUAAACAUCACUGCCGCAAAGUCCAAAAUAAAUUAAUUAUUUAGAAAAAAAAAACAACUUUUUUUGUAAUUUUGGACUUCACGGAUGUGAUUGGCCCUGUUAAUUAUUACGAUAUUAAUAUAUUCUACGUUAUUAUUUUUUUCAUACCUAUUCAUAGCAGUUUCGAACAAUAUACAAUCUAGGGGAUAAAUUUUUGAAAAUAUUUGCCAUAACUAUAGAUAUAAUAAAAAUAAACUAAUUUUGGUAGUAAUUUUUAAUUAUUAAAAAUAUAUAUAUAAUAUAUAUAUUUCACAUUGUGAGAUUUACUUAUUCUUUUGAUUUAAAUAAUGAGUUAUUGUAUAUAAUACUCUAAGAUAACAUCCUAAUCCUUAGAUAUGGCAACUCGUGAGGGAUACUAUGAAUGUCACAAUAUACUUGUAUGAUAUUCACUUUACAUUCAAGAAGCCAUUUACUUGUUUGAAAGUCCAAAUUGUAUAAAAAAAAAUAUAAUAUCGUAAUAAUUAGUGACAAAUUUUAAAACCAUUUGAUUAAAAUAGUCUCUCACUGUCCCUAUGGCUGUUUGGACAACGAAAUGUUAUUUACUCGAUUAUUAUAAAAAUCAAGUCAAAAAGCAGGCAAAGGGAUCGUGAAUAAGGCUAAAACGAACUUGUAUGUAUUUAUGUAUUAUCGAAUGGUUUUAAACUAAUUUAGAUGUUAAAAUUAGAAUUCAAUAGCGUAGAUUAUAGCACUCGUUCUCUUAGUUUAGUUAAUCACAUUUAUUCCAUUUAUUCGUAUAUUUUGAGGGUGCGAGAAUGAACUAUGGGAGUACUUACAUUAAUUAGGAGAGCUUAGUAAAAAUAUCACAAUCAAAUGUUAAUGAAUAAUGGUUCAUAGAAGAUAUUCACAUAAUUAUUGUUACAAAAAUUUUAAAACUUUUUUUUUGUUUUUUAAUAAAUAAAGUGUCAUAUCCAGUGUGUACUAAAUAAAUUAAAAGGCGUAGGUACUUAAUCAAUUUCAAAUACAUAGUUAUAACGGUGUCUAACUCCAUUUUAGAAUUGAUUCGAUAAUAUUCAAUGUAACGUACCCAAAUCAUGAAAUAAAGUUGUAAACGUACCUACUAAUGUGUAAGGAUACGAUUACUUAUAUUAUGUACCAAGGUGUAAUUAUUGCUUCACUAAAAUAAAAGCAAGUUUAAUAAACUGA